AGGUGAUCCUGCCUGACCUGGGGGCAGAACAGAGGCAGACAGUACCCCCUCCAGGGCUGCUCGGGGGCAGUGGGCGGUACCCACCGGAGCAGGCAGUGGACUGCUUCACACUCCGUUGCUCUCCCCCUUCUCCGCCUGGUGUUUAGCAGUUCCAUGGGAACAGGCUACGUUCUUUGUUCACUGUGGAGGAACCACCUUGAGGCCAGGGACUCAGAGUUAGAGUUGAUAAACCCACAGGAAACUGGGGAGGAAUUCAGUAAGUGCCACCAAGCUGAGCGCUAGGGGAUUCUGAAGAGUGUCACUGAGUCCAAGACCUCAAGAUGCUAUGAUCCUGUUUGAAACUGGACAUCCACUCAUGGGGCAGUUGGAGCAGAGUUUUCUGGUCAUGGUCACAUCUUGGCACACAUACAACGUAAUCUUGUCCACGUGGCACACUAAGGGGCAUGAGAAGAUGAGAAGCCUCUGCCUGCCCUUUAUUCGGCCACAAGCAGAUGGCUGGAGAGCUCCGGCCUCCCCUGGCUUGGUCAGGCUUCCCCAGGCUUGAGAGGAUGGAUGUUCUGCCGGCCCCCGGAAUGAAAGGCACAGUGUGGGACACUCUGGCUCAAGAAGCUCCCCACUGAUGAAUAAUGAAACACAUUUUGUAUAAUCAGGCAUUAAUAUGUGUGACACAGAACGCGUGGGUGGUGGGAGGGGCAGUUUUGGGGGGCCAAAGGCACUGGUGGGUGUGGCUGAGGAAGCAGCAGCUACAGGAGUGUGAGAAUGAGCUGUGGACAAGGUUAGGCAGCCUGUUUCCCCCCAGAGCAGAAGGAGCUCACAAAGGAAGUUAUGUCAUGCUGAACCCACUCCUGGGGGCUUUGAAGCUUGUCUUCUGGAGCUGUUUUUGCCUUGGGGAGAAACACAUUUCUGAACUGCCCGAAGGGAGGUGCGCUAGCCUCCCUCCAUCUAGACCAGGCACCGACGGCCACGAGCCACCACACUGCCUGUCCUCCUGGGCGGUUGAUCCUCCGUCCUGGUCAGGAGCGGGGUCCUUCCAUAGGUUUGGUGCAGAUGAAGUGUGUCUUGGUGGCCACAGAAAGUGCAGAGGUCCUCUUCUACUGGACAGACGAGGAGUUUGCAGACAGUCUACGGCGGAAGUUUGGGUUUGAGGGAGAGGAGCUUCCCGCCCUGGAGGACCAGCUCAGCACCCUCCUGGCCCCGAUCAUCAUCUCCUCCAUGACCAUGCUGGAGAAGCUCUCAGAUACAUACACCUGCUUUUCGACGGAAAAUGGCAACUAUCUGUACGUCCUUCACCUGUUUGGAGAAUGCCUUUUCAUUGCCAUCAACGGAGACCACACGGAGGGCGAGGGCGACCUGCGGCAGAAGCUGUGUGUGCUCAAGUACCUGUUCGAGGUGCACUUCGGGCUGGUCACCGUGGACGGCCAGCUCAUCCGAAAGGAGCUGCGGCCCCCUGACCUUGAGCAGCGAGUCCAGGUGUGGGAGCACUUCCAGAGCCUGCUGUGGACGUACGGGCGCCUGCGGGAGCAGGAGCAGUGCUUCGCCGUGGAGGCUGUGGAACGGCUGAUUCACCCUCAGCUCUGUGAGCUGUGCAUAGAGGCCCUGGAGCGGCAUGUCAUCCAGGCUGUCAACUCCAGCCCCGAGAGGGCCGGCGAGGAGGCCCUGCACGCCUUUCUGCUCGUGCACUCCAAGCUGCUGGCCUUCUACUCCAGCCACAGUGCCAGCUCCCUGCGCCCGGCUGACCUUCUUGCCCUCAUCCUCCUGGUCCAGGAUCUCUACCCCAGCGAGAGCACAGCGGAGGAUGACGACCCUCAGCCUUCUCCCCGGAAGCCCAGGAGCAGCCAGAGCAUCCCCGUGCAGCAGGCCCGGAGCCCUGCCUCCACAGCCCGGGCCAGGAGGAGUUCCGCGGCAACUGAGACCGACAGCUUCUCCCUCCCUGAGGAGUACUUCACGCCUGCUCCUUCCCCCGGAGAGCAGAGCUCAGGUAGCACUGUCUGGCUGGAUGAGGGCACCCCACCCACGGAUGCUCCCCAGGUCCAGAUAGCUGAAGACACCCUCCAAGUGCUGGUCCCACCCUCCCCAGUCGCUUCCGGCCCCAGAAGGAUCUUCCUAGAUGCCAGCAUCAAGGAGAGCCACUGCCCCAUGGUGCCCCACACUGCAUACUGUCUGCCCCUGUGGCCAGGCAUCAACAUGGUGCUCCUGACCAAGGGCCCCAGCACCCCCCUGGCUCUCGUCCUGUACCAGCUGCUGGACGGGUUUUCCCUGCUGGAGAAGAAGCUCAAGGAGGGGCAAGAGGCCGGGAGCACUCUGCGGUCCCACCCCCUCAUGGGGGACCUGCGUCAGAGGAUGGACAAGUUUGUCAAGAAUCGCAGGGGGCAAGAGAUUCAGAGCACCUGGCUGGAGUUUAAGAGCAAGGCUUUCUCCAGGAGCGAACCCGGAUCAUCCCAGGAGCUGCUCCAGGCCUGCGGCAAGGUGAAGCGACAGCUUUGUGCCAUCUACCGUCUCAGCUUCCUGAGCACGGCUCCAGGCCGGGGGGGCCCCCAUCUGCCCCAGCAGCUACAGGACCAGGUCCAAACCAUCAUGCAAGAGAAGCUGAUGGACUGGAAGGACUUCUUGUUGGUGAAGAGUAGGAGGAACGUCACCAUGGUGUCCUACCUAGAAGACUUCCCAGGCUUGGUACAUUUCAUCUACGUGGAUCGCACGACUGGCCAGAUGGUGGCCCCUUCCCUCAGCAGCAGUAAAAGGAUUUCAUCGGAGCUGGGCAGGGGGCCGUUGGCCACGUUCAUCAGAACCAAGGUCUGGGCUCUGAUCCGGCUGGCACGCAGAUACCUGCAGAAAGGCUACACCACACUGCUCUUCCGGGAGGGCGACUUCUGCUUCUCCUACUUCCUGUGGUUCGAGAACGAGAUGGGGUACAAACUGCAGCUGAUAGAGGUGCCCGUCCUCUCGGAUGACUCCGCGUCCUUCGGCGUGCUGGGAGGAGACUACUACAGGAAGCUCCUGCGCUACUAUAGCAAGGGACACCCCGCUGAGGCCGUCAAGUGCCAUGAGCUGCUGACCCUCCACCUGUCGGUCAUCCCUACGGACGUGCUGGUACAGCAGGCCGGCGAGCUGGCCCGGCGCCUGUGGGAGACCUCCCGCCUCCCUGUGCUCUAGGCCGGCGCAGCCCGGAUGUGCACCCCUGGUCCCCAUGCAGAAAAGCCACCAGGGGUGGAACAGCCCCCUGGGUCUCUUAAAGAAACCACCUAGACUAGGCUCCCUUCCAGGUACCAAACCCCCAAAUUCUCUUUGGAGGAGGAGGGAGGUGGGAAGGGUCCCUUGUUCUCCUUAAAACAACAGUGGCUGUGAGGGUAGACCUGGGGCACCUGCUUUCAGAGCUGCCUCUCCCUUUAUCCCCAGGAGACAGGGAAUCC